CUGGCAUAACUUGUGAUAAUCAUGGCUGGCUCUGGCCUCAAAUCUGAACAAAGGAAAAAAAUUACAUAGUGCAAACAAACUGCAAUGCAUCGACAGGACAUGAUAAAAAAUAACCAGGAACUCACAUUUCACACAUAAACAGGUUCAACUAUUCUAUUUAAGCUCCCAUAAUCAUUCUGUUCGUAUUUUUAGUUUUUUACCUGCUAUAGACAGCAUGGAGUGCGUAUUAAGCGAUUCUAGAAAUAGACGCGACUAGAGUUGACACGACGACCACAUUUUCGUAAUUUCAUUUGUUCUGCUUUUUUUUCGUGCAGCCACGUACGUUUCCAAAGAAGUUUUCGUUCAGUUUUCUUUGCAAUCUUAAACUUUGUCUCUUUUUCAAACUUGCAAACGAAACAAUCAAACAAAGCAGAGUUAGCAGACGACACUAAUUUUCUAAUUAGCAGUAAAAUAUCGAUAGAAAUUUUUUAAUCGAACCUCCCCCCUAAAUCCAAAUUGCGCAAAAACAAUAAAAGCUCUCAUCAUCAUCAAAUUUCACUGAGCACUUCCACAAUCAAGAUCAAAGUAAAAAAUUGCACGAAACCUCGCAGAUAAUCACUUUUAGAUCGAAACCGUCACAAUAAGACCCUCCAACACCCACUUGGAAGUCAUCAAGAGGAAUAAAUGCUAUAAUUACCUAAAGCCAACGGCACCGCAAAUUUUUUCGCAAACUCAAGGCAACAAGUCAAUUAAGCACUACAAAAAUGGGAAAUGGGGCCAACAUUGGGGUAGUUGGGGGAAUUUGAGAAAUCUUACGAUCGUAACUAAAAUAACAUCAUCUUAUUUGAGCCAACCCAGUGCGUAUAACACUUGCGCAAAAUUUUCUCGGUUUGACUAAUUCUUACAUAACGGACGCGUUUUCUAACCAAAUUUAUCGCUAUUUUCUCUUUUAAAAAAACUCUCUCCUAUUUCUUUUGACACGGUUACCGACGAAAUACCCUGCGGUGAGUGAGCCCACAUGCCUAAGGUCUAGACUCUCAGACUGUGUUACUCCCACAACGCGUGCAACUGCGAAUAAGUAAGCAUCAUGCAAAAACAUAUUCAAGUGAAAUUUCGCUAGUGAACGAGGGGGAUUUCCCCACUGAAGUGCUACCAAAAAUGAUCGCUAAAAAAGUUGAAGAAUUCAUCCUGGAAACGAUUCUGGAUCAAAACUGGCCAUUGUUGUUGUCAUUUAUAUGUUUUAACCUAGCUUAUGCAAUAGCCAAGUUCCCACUGUGCUCUUUUCUCUUGUGCAUCGCCGGAUUCGCUUUCUUGAUUUCAGUCUACUUUGGAACUCUCUCGCUUGUAUCUACUGGACGUGCUGUUUUGAUCACCGGGUGUGAUUCGGGAUUUGGAAACGAGCUUGCGAAGAAAUUAAAUGCAAUGGGAUUCACCGUCUUUGCGGGUUGUUUGGACGAGAAGAGCAACGGAGCCAUCGAACUAAACAGAACUGGCGACGAAACGGGACAACGGCUUCAUGUCAUUCAAAUGAACGUCACCAAACAAGAAGAGGUGGACCAAGCUCUCGACUACGUGGAGAAACAUCUUCCGGAGAAUGGACUCUGGGGUGUCGUUAACAAUGCCGGGCAAUACAGCAGUCCAGGUUGUUUCGAAUGGAUUCCAACUUAUGUUCUCGAGAAGGAAAUGUCGGUCAAUUUGUUUGGCGCCAUCCGCGUGACCAACGCGUUUCUGCCGCUCAUCCGCAAGAGCCAAGGAAGGAUCGUGAAUGUUUCCUCCAUCAUGGACCGCAUGACAUCUCCGUUUUCUGGCUGCUACACUAUUACCAAAGGCGCCAUCGAGUCUUAUUCGGCCAUUCUUCGACUGGAAAUGAAACGUUUCAACGUCCAAGUCGUCGUGAUUGAACCGGGCAACUUUAUGGCGGCCACGAAUAUUAAUAAAAGCAAUGCUGGUGAAGAUACUUGCCAAUCACGUCGCUUGUGGGAUCAAUUGGACGAGAAAAUAAAAAACGAUUACGGAGAGAAAUGUUUCCAACAAGUAAUUUCCAUCAAUCGGAAGCUGGCAGAAAUUUCGACCGGAGAAUCCCAUACUGUUGUUGAUGCCAUGGUGAACGCAGUUUCCCGACUCUACCCAAAGAACCGAUAUUUCGUGGCCAACAUGUCUGACAAAAUAAUGGCUUAUGGAAUGCAGUUUUUGCCGCUCUUGAUUAGCGAUCGUCUGUUGUUGGCCAUUAUAGAUAAUCCCGUUCUAUUCGAUAGUAUGCAAUAUUUCAAAUAUGUCGUUUUGAUUCCUUUUUUCGCCACUUUACUUUGGUUGGGUGCAAUGAUUUGUAUGUAAUGUUCCAUAAAUAAGAAGGGACAAAACAAUUUCAUUUUGCCCUCAAGUAUGAUAUCGUCAUUUGUUUCAACGCGCUUUCUUAUGUUGCGCUAACGACUAUACUUAUCCGCAAGAAAUGCAAGAAUCCCGAAUGAAAUGGCCAGAAGCAUAUAGCCUUAGCCUUAAUGCAUAUCACUUGUAAUACGCAACCUUCCACUUUCUCUCUGUCAGUACUACUCAGCAGCAAUUAUACUACUUCUGUUUUAUAUAAAAACAAAUUCAGAAUAUUAAAUUAAUUCACUUGGAAA